AUGAAGGAGUCUGAGUCAGUGAAAGAGUACUCUAACAGACUUCUCAGCAUUGCCAACAAAGUGAGAUUGCUUGGUUUUGUGUUAAAUGAUUCCAGGAUCGUUGAAAAGUUGUUGGUCACUGUUCUAGAGAAGUGUGAAGCCACCAUUACUACUCUGGAGAACACCAAAGACCUGUCAAAGAUUUCUCUUACAAAGCUCUUGAAUGGUUUACAAAAACAAGAGCAAAGGAGAUCUAUGAGGCAAGAAGGGGUGAUUGAAGUUGCCUUACCUGUUAAGCAUCAAGACAAUCACAGAAGGAAAAAGGAGGAGGUUUCAAAAAAUUCUAUCUACCUUGCCACCAUUGUGAGAAGAAAGGUCAUCUACCAUACAAGUGCUGAAGAAGACCUGACGCCAAAUGUUCCAAAUGCAAUCAACUUGGACAUGAAGCUGUGA